AUGUCACCGUUGAAAUCCCUAGACGACAAGAUGUCAUCCCCUGUCUACUCCACCGUCCAAAAUGCCACCGAGAAGGUCUCUGAGAAACCUACUGAGAUUGUCCUCAAAACAGUUGGAAACGGCGACCUCCGCACAAUGGACAAGCCAGUUGAGAUUUGCGUUUGUGGACGCACCAUCAUCGACUUUCCGGCUCGUGUAAACCUUGUCGCUGAGAUCACCGAAGCCAAGACCCGCGAAGUUGAGCUUACCCGUGAGCUCAUCGAUGCUCUACAGGAACGUAUCUGGGCCAUGCAAGCGCUCGACAAGGCUCACGACAGGAUCAAGAAGAUCGUCGAGGACACUGGCGGGCCUCAGUCACCCUUCUACGACGAGUACUGGGGCACACCAGAGCGUCCGGCCUCGAUCUACGAUAGACCUCGUCGGAGGACAUUGAGGAGAACCUCCGCCACCAUCCAGGAUCGAGCUGUGUCAAGGGGAAUGAAUUGA